AUCCUCUGCUUUGGAGGACUCUUCCGAUAUUUCCUGACGAUUUCGUUGCGAUUCCUCUUUUCGCGGUACGUCUUUUACUAUUCCACGCGUCACCAACAGAGCCAGCCUCGUCGUCUUGCUGAACUGCACCGGUGUCGCGACGUUCGAGUGGGGAACUAUCAAAACGAUGACGUUUUAACUUCAAAAUGUUUAGCUGCCACUAACUGCAGCUAAACAAGGCACGAGACCCUCGCUGGGUCAAAGUCUUCUGCCUUCGAUUGAAACGCCAUGGCAAAAACUCUCUUCUUCAUCUCUCUCCUCAUUCUCCUCUUCUCCCACUCUUAUGGUAACCCUAAUUCGAGCCUUGAAUUAUCUCCUUCGGCCCACGUGGAGCUCAACAGGUACGGCUUUCCGAUCGGUCUUCUCCCCACGAACGUCUUGGGCUACAGUCUAAACGAUACCUCCGGCGCCUUCUCCGUUAACCUCGACAGUGCUUGCAAGAUCUUGCUCCCUCCCGACAACUACCUCGCCACCUAUUCGAAGACGGUGAGAGGGAAGAUCGUCGCCGGCCGCAUCGCCGAGCUCGACGGCAUUCGCGUCAGGGCUUUCUUCAAGUGGUGGUCCAUCACCGGUAUUCGCUCUAGCGGUGAUAACUUGGUGUUUGAGGUUGGGAUGGUCACGGCAAAGUUCCCGGCCAAGAAUUUCAACGAGAGUCCUGGGUGCGACGGUCAGCGCUCUGCCUCUUAAGUUUUUAAAGAGUUUGGCAGGGCGUCCUCCAUUUGGUGCUGCAUGUUGCUGCCGCUGUGCAAAUUAGACAUUUGGUGAUGAUCCCCGUGCUUCAGCUGUACUAUGGAAGCUUAACCCUCUCAUAAAUCACCCGUACUGCUCUCUCAUUUAUAUUGUGUAUAUAUAAAUACACCACUACGCCAGGGUGUUCUUGACAACAGAUGUUUUAGUAUCUCUUGCUAUAUAACUGGACAUGGUCGUUUAUCCCCCCUUCUUCUGCAAGUGCCUCUAAAUUAUUAUUAUUAUUUGUUAAAACUUGAUAUACAUUAUUGACCCACAGCUUAAACACAGCAUUGAAGCUGCUUACCAUGGGAA